CAGCCUGUACUGUUUCACGCGCAAGUUUCCAGAGCUUCCGGUCCUCAAGCUUGCUGCAGGAGCAAGGCUUUGCCGUCUAAGGAGUCAGACCCAACACGCUGCUUUGCAAAGAAAUCCAAAGGCCACAAAUGCACAGCCUAAGGAAAAUGACAGAUAUUGUAGCUGUUUGGGAUGUUAUAUUAAGUGAUGGAAUCCACAAGAUUGAAUUUGAACAUGGGACCACAUCAGGAAAACGAGUUGUAUAUGUGGAUGGGAAGGAAGAGAUAAGAAAAGAGUGGAUGUUCAAUUUGGUGGGCAAAGAAACCUUCUGUGUUGGAGCUGCAAAAACCAAAGCCACCAUACGUAUACUUUCUGACAAAGGUUGUGUUUUUAAAUAUAUCCUGGAAAUUGAGAGGAAAAGCUUCAUAAAGUAUGUAGAGAACAGAUCAAAAACCACCAACACCUGGGUACUGCACUUGGAUGGCGAGAACUUUAGAAUUGUUUUGGAAAAAAACAGUAUGGAUGUAUGGUGCAAUGGUGAAAUAAUAGAGUCAGUGGGCAAGUUUGUAGAUGAUGGGACUGAAACACACUUCAGUGUUGGGAGCCAUCACUGUUACAUAAAAGCUGUCAGCAGCGGGAAGAGGAGAGAAGGGAUCAUCCAUACACUCAUUGUGGAUAACAGGGAGAUCCCAGAGAGCCCUCAGUGACUGCUUGUUAAUGAGUUCUGAGCUGAAGAGGAGACAUCAGGACUUGCUAAUGGCUGUGGUAAUUAAAUGUGUUCACUUUGUACAUAC